AUGGACCGACAGCCAACUAACGCGUCGUUUGGCUCAAGCUCUGGAGGAUUUUGUGAGAACGACGUCGUCGGUAAAAAAGGAAAAAUCAAAAAGGAUAAUGAGGAAUCGGAAGAGGAGAAUGAGGUGUCAAUGUUGUACUCGUCGACAAAAGGAGGAUUCGGAUGCAAGUACUACUAUCGAGUGAAUCGAGGAGCGGAGGAUGAGCAAUAA